AUGUCGACUCUUGCGUUGAUUAGCGCGGUGACGAUUGUGGCGGUCUUGAGUACUGCGUACUACAGGCUGUAUUUGCAUCCGUUGGCCAAGUUUCCAGGACCAGUGUGGGCUCGACUUACGACAUUCCCGUCGUACUGGYAUACACUCAAAGGAGAUCGCCACGUCUGGCUCUGGACYUUGMAGCAGGAAUAUGGUUCGACAUUCCGGUACAGGCCAGACGCAGUCUUGAUCAACACUCCAACAGGGUACCGCACCAUUUUCGGACCCAAGGGUAAUGUCAGGAAAAGCGACUACUACCGUGUGUGGCCGAAGAACUCAUCCGUUUCCAACACCUGGAAUGCCACCGAUGUGCACACUCACGCGCCAAAGAGGAGAGUUAUGAAUCAUGCUUUCUCCGACAAAGCUCUCAGAUCCGCGGAGCCAUACGUCCAGACCAAUACCGAUCGCUGGUGCGAGCUUAUUGCAGAGCGAAUCAACAAGGGUGAAGAGUGGGGACCAACUCUGAACAUGGCACACGAGAUCAACCAUUUGGUCUUUGAUAUCCUUGGUGACCUCUGUUUUGGCAAGUCCUUCAAGAUGAUGGAGCCAAAUAGUAAAACGCGCCACAUUCCAGAAUUGCUUGCCGACUUCCUGGUCCUUAUGCAUCCGAUCGCUUUCUCUCCACUUGCAGACUGGUGGGUGUGGCUCAAGCCACGGGGACUUGACCGACUCAUCACAAUGGCCGCACCACCAGCUAUGGCCAAGUGGGAGGGAUUCGUCGGAAAGUGUCUGAGCGACCGUACGCAAGUCGAGCAGGAGAUCAAAGCUAGCCAGAAACCCGAGUCUGAAGUACGCAAAGACUUCUUCUACUACCUUAUCGAUGCCAAGGAUCCAGAGACUGGAAAAGGAUAUGACCAAGCAGAGCUUUACAACGAGUGCGAGCUACUCAYUAUUGCGGGCUCGGAUACCACAUCCAUCGUCAUGUCGGCUAUGAUGUUCUACCUGUCCCGCAACCCAGCAAUCCAGGCUCGGUUGGCCGAAGAGAUCUCGUCCAAGUUUGCGUCAAUUGAGGACAUUCAAUCCGGACCCAAACUUCAAGAGUGUAAAUACUUGAAGGCCUUCAUUCAAGAAGCCUGCCGAAUGACACCUCCUGUUCUCGCAGAGCCAGCACGCCAAGUCCGCCCAGGUGGUACAGUAGUGGACGGACACUUCUUCCCCGAAGGUACACAGCUGAGCACGGGACUUUACUGCCUCAGCUACAAUGAGGAAGUCUACCCAGAACCGUUCCAAUUCCAGCCAGAGCGAUGGAUUCUCGGUGAGGGUGCCACUGCCGAGAGCCUGGCAUUGGCGGAGAAUGGGUUCUGCGCUUUCCUCACUGGCUCCAGGGGCUGCAUUGGCAAGAAUCUGGCAUGGCUGGAGAUGAUGCUUGUCAUGUCGAAGCUGGUGUGGAACUUUGAGCUUCGACAAGACGCCGAGGACCAGACCGGAGCGGGCAGUGUGAAUGGUCCUGUUGGAAGGCGGGAGCCAGAGCAAUUCCAGUUGAAGGACGCAUAUGUUGCGAUGCGUGAUGGACCGAUGGUUCAAUUCAAGAGACGAGCACAUUGA